GCAAUUUCAUCGAUCUUGGAGGUAAUCCGGUGAAUGCAAGUCUCCCUGUUUCUUAAACAUGGCCGCAGCUGCUCACUUGAACUACUGAUCGGACUUACCGGAUGGAAAUUCUCGUUUCUCGGAGAGGAGGAAGAAACGGGAUUAACUGGAGUAACCUUUCUACCACGAAAACGCUUUGAGCAAUUUGCCAUUGAUGUGUUCGACGAAAUUCCCCUACCAAAUUCUCCACUGAAUCUCCUACUAGGAGAAGCUGAUACAAGUGCAGCUUCCUUGAUUGAAUUGAUGCGGAUUAUGUGCGGGUUUUCCUUGACACAUGCCCACAAGAACUCAUUGGAAAAGGACCUGUCUUUGGAGCUCAAGACAGAGGAUGAGCAUGAACUAACAGAGGAAACCCAACACGAAGCUGAUACAAACCGGCUGAAAGAAGACGGUAACGUUAAAGCGGCUCCUCAAAUUCAAGAGCAAGUCUCCGGCGACUCUUCUGAGGCAGACACCAAACAGCUCGCUCAGUCGUUUCAAACCCAAGGCAACAAGCUCGCAGAGGAUGGGAAAUACCGGGAAGCACUUGGGAAGUGGGAGGCAGCUCUUAAUUUGGUACCUGAAAAUGCAGUUCUUCAUGAACAGAAGGCGCAAGUUCUACUCGAAGUUGGUGAUGCAUGGAGUGCAUUGAAGGCAGCAACUCGGGCAACUGAGUUGGAACCUUCAUGGGCUGAGGCUUGGGUCACCCUUGGUAGAGCACAGUUAAACUUUGGGGAACCUGAUAGUGCCAUUGAAAGUUUUGAUAGAGCAUUGGCAGUCAAGCCUGAUUCCAUGGAGGCUCAAGAUGAUAGAAAAACGGCCUUACAGCUUGUGAAGAGGAGAAAGCAGCUUCAUUCAUCUGGCUUGAGUACCACUAAAAGCCGUUACAUGGUUGGUGAUAAAACUGAAUCCCCUUGAAGAAACAUGAAGGCAGGGCAGAUAUUUUUCGCCUUCGUGUAUGAUUUCAAAAUAUUGUUCGUGGCAGGAGCACAAAAGAAUACUGGAAUCAUAAAGACAGCUGAUAUGGUAAGCCACAAGAACACUCAUAAUAUGACUGAGAGGGUAGGUAGCACAUGUUAGACACAUUUGCUGUAAAGGUUCGAAAUUUCUAGUGGAGGAAAGUUCAGUGAUAAACCGAGAUGUUUGAAACAUGUGUUUGCAACAUGUUAUUUAUGUUAAUAUAAUAGAGGUCAACUAAAAAUUUUCUCGGAACCCUGUAAUAUGUACAUUGCAAUCCAAUAGGCGAGUUAUGAGUCCAA